AUGGAAGCAACACAGGAAUCCACACAGCCACUCGCUGAUCCACGGCGCAUGGGUGUGAACAACUCUGGCAUUCAAGAUCAAGAUUUAUCCGACAUCAUUUGUAUUCUCCAUCCUAAUUCCCAUGCUGCUCACGAUGCAGUUGCUGCGACGGCACGGCUCGGUGUUCAACAUAUACUCCAACGGGACACACUGGAGGGCGAGGCCUCCCACACAGCAGACCUGGAUGUGGCGCUAAGACUUUCGUCUGAUGUUCACAGCCUUGGCCUCGGGUUCGCCUUCGGUCGUAACCGCGCUCGCUGUGAUGUCUUGCUAGCCGUGAACGACGAUGCCAAACGAGUAUCCAAUACCCACUUCCGUAUCUAUCUGACUGGAGACGGAAUCCUCAUGCUUCAAGACAGCUCUACGAACGGGACCGUCGUUGACAAUUGUCGCCUCCGCAAGUCUCAGAAAGAGAACAGUCGGAUGCUCACGAACGGAUCCGUGAUCCAGGUAGUCACCGGAAUUGGCUCAGAUGAAGUUCGCUUUGUGGUUCGGAUUCCAUCAAGAGAAGGCUUUGCCACUCAAUAUCAGGAAAACCUCUGCCGCUACUUCGAACGAGUCCAAGCGCAUGCACCAGCACACAAGACUCGACAGGGUCCACCUCCAUCCGUUUUGACCUGGUCAGCCUCCAAUGCCUUCGGCAUGCAUUGGACAGGAGGAGCGAUGUACAAUGUGACUGGGCAGAUUGGGAAAGGUGCCUUUGCAACGGUAUACAAGAUUGCGACCAAACAGCACGGUGCCAUUUACGCCGCGAAAGAGCUCGACAAGCGCCGCUUCAUGAAGAACGGAAUCCUAGACCAAAAAGUGGACAACGAGAUGAAAAUCAUGAGAGACCUGACCCAUCCGAACAUCGUUCAGUACAUACAUCACCACGAGCAUGAUCGGUGGAUCUAUAUCAUCAUGGAAUAUGUUCCAGGGGGCGAACUAUCGACAUACCUUCAAACCCAGGGAAAGAUUGCCGAAGAGAUGGUCAGGACAAUCGCACGACAGGUCUUGAGAGCUCUUCACUAUCUGCACAAACGUCGAAUCACCCACCGAGACAUCAAACCUGACAACAUUCUCAUUGCCUCACUGGACCCGCUCAGAAUCAAGCUGUCUGACUUUGGGUUGUCGAAGGUUGUGGAGCAGGAAACAUUCCUGAAGACCUUCUGCGGGACAUUGCUGUAUUGUGCACCAGAGGUUUACCCUGAUUAUGAACAAUACCGCCGUGGUGAGCUCCGAAAGCGACGUCGUGUUGGAGAUCCACUGCCCAAAACAUCUCCGUACAGCCAAUCCGUUGACAUUUGGUCUCUCGGUGCGGUGCUUUUCCACAUAUUAUCUGGUGUCCCACCGUAUUCCGGUCGCGCGGAAGAUCGUGGUGUUCAAAUGCUGCGGACGAUAAUGACUAGCAAUGCGGACUUUGAUGUGCUCAGACAUGCGGGCGUAUCAGAAUCUGGCAUUGAUUUCGUCUCCCAGUUAUUGAACCGUGAUCCGUUCUCUCGUCCAACAGAGCGAGAAUGCUUCCAGCAUCCUUGGAUCGCUGAUGUCGCCGACGUCGACGAAUAUGAGGAUGAUGACGAUCUGCUUUCAGACCAUAACGAUUACGACGACGCGCUUUCAGUCAUUGGUGAGGACGCCGAAGAUGAGCUAGAUGCUUCACAACUAUCUAUUGCCGAUGGUCCGGGGUACACUCAUCAAGCGCUGGAAGAGGGAGGCAGCAUGGAAGCGAUUUCAAAAAAGCCACGGGUUGAAGAAUAUCUUCCUAGUGAAAUUCACUAUCCUAGCCUUCCCGAAAUCAGUUUUCAAGAGGAGCAUGUGGCAACUGUGGACAAACACACCAAACGUUUGUUCGGUGAGGUAUCCUCUUCAGCUCUUCGAAGCUCCCACGCACUUGGAAGCAUGGAUGGUUAUGAUUUCAAUCAAUACCAAAUCCAAGAAAUGAACUCUUCCGGUGAGUCGAUGAUGAGCGACGAUGCCAACGAGUCGAUAAUCUCUCUCCCGGCCGAACCUUUUGGGGGAACCGCCCCUAGCUUGAUGGGGACAGAGAAACUCGUUGGACAACUGAACAUGAACUCCUUGCACCCCACCAUCCCGCCCAAGGCCACUUCGGUUAACACCUCAUCCCUGUGUCAGACCAACCUUGGACAAACCAAGCCCGCCAUGGCACCUAGUCCAGACACCGAGUCCAUCCCUCCCACUUCGAGUCCCAAACCACACUCCAGUCCUCAGGAGCCUACACCGAAAGCCAAGUUCUCUCGUCGCAUCGACCUUGCACUACCAGACACAGCUAGCGAAGCCUCCAGCGACACCAGUGCGCAAAAUAGUCAUCGACACUGUGCGGCCAACAACCCUCCACAGAUUUCCAAAUCCCAAUACGAUCUCGAGCUGGCCACCACCCUCGAUGCACAAACUGGCCAAGCCAUCCUCGAUAAGAUUCGUGCCGAAGAGGAAGAUCCAUCCGAUCCGAUCGUGCAUCGUCCGGAGCCAGUCCCGACCCCUUCCACCCUCUUUGACACAAGGUUCACCAAGCCACCCAAGCGAUUUGGAAAAUUGAAAUCCCUCCCUGGAUCGAUCUUUGAGACAACAAUCUACCUUGAAGACCGACUCACCUCCUGGGGUCGUGGCCCCAAGGCAACUAUUAGGCAUCCCGAUGGACAGGAUACUAGGAUCCCCAAAUAUCCCCUCGAGCUCACGUUCUGGGCACCCGGCAUCGAGCCCCGCAUCGCAGCUGGAGAGAACUGGCAAAACGUUCCAGGAGUCACCGCCAUUAUCUCCACCAAAGCCAGCCGCGGCAUCUGGGUGAACGAUAUCCUACUUCGCCGAAGCACCGCACAAGGGGAUGGGAAAGAAGCUCUCGAAUACGGCAAACUCUACUCGGGCGAUAUCAUCACGGUGUACCGUAACCACGAGCGCACCGAGUUCCUCAAAUUCCAGUGCACUUUCACCCAUGGAGAGAGCGCCCAGCCCCGACCCGAUAACGAACCCGGGUUCACACUCCGACGAGCCCUGGUGGAUCGACCGGACGGGGGGAAUAAAAUGCCAAUUCGGCCCCCACGUAAGGAUCAGUAG